AUGAGAGGAACACAAGGGCCAGGAGGGAACACAAGGGGCCAGGGAGGGAACACAAGGGGCCAGGAGGGAACACAAGGGGCCAGGAGGAACAUAAGGGGCCAGGAGGAACACAAGGGGCGGGAGGAACACAAGGGGCCAGGAGGAGCACAAGGGGCCAGGAGCACAGGGGGCCAGGAGGGCACAAGGGGCCAGGAGGGAGCACAAGGGGCCAGGAGGGAGCACAAGGGGCCAGGAGGAGCACAAGGGGCCAGGAGGGGCACAAGGGGCCAGGAGGAGCACAAGGGGCCAGGAGGGCACAAGGGGGCCAGGAGGAGCACAAGGGGCCAGGAGGAGCACAAGGGGCCAGGAGGGCCAAGGGGCCAGGAGGGGCACAAGGGGCCAGGAGGAGCACAAGGGGCCAGGAGGGGGAGCACAAAGGGGCCAGGAGGAGCACAAGGGGCCAGGAGGAGCACAAGGGGCCAGGAGGAGCACAAGGGGCGGGAGGGAGCACAAAGGGGCCAGGAGGAGCACAAGGGGCCAGGAGGGCACAAGGGGCCAGGAGGGAACCUGAGGGGCCAGGAGGAACACAAGGGGCCAGGAGGAACACAAGGGGCCAGGAGGAACACAAGGGGCCAGGAGGAACACAAGGGGCCAGGAGGAACACAAGGCCAGGAGGAACACAAGGAGCCAGGAGGAACACAAGGGCCAGGAACACAAGGGCCAGGAGGAACACAAGGGGCCAGGAGGAACACAAGGGGCAGGAGGGCACAAGGGGCCAGGAGGGAGCACAAGGGGCCAGGAGGCACAAGGGGCCAGGAGGGCACAAGGGGCCAGGAGGGCACAAGGGCCAGGAGGGCACAGGGGCCAGGAGGGCACAAGGGGCCAGGAGGAGGGCACAAGGGGCAGGAGGGCACAAGGGGCCAGGAGGAGCACAAGGGGCCAGGAGGGCACAGGGGCCAGGAGGAGCACAAGGGGCCAGGAGGAGCACAAGGGGCCAGGAGGGCACAAGGGGCCAGGAGGAGGGCACAGGGGCCAGGAGGAACACAAGGGCCAGGAGGAACACAAGGGGCCAGGAGGAACACAAGGGGCCAGGAGGAACACAAGGGGCCAGGAGGAACACAAAGGGGCCAGGAGGAACACAAGGGCCAGGAGGAACACAAGGGUUACCUGAAGAUUAAAUACCCUAUUGCUACCUGGGAAGUCUUGGUCAGCUUUAAGUUAGGUUUGCUACACACUACCACCACCACCACUACUACCACCACCACACCACCACCUACCACC